AUGGCCGAAGGGAAGUUCGAUCUGCCUGACGAUCUGAUCUUAUCGAAAUCGUCUGAUCAGUUGAAAGAAUUGGCUUCAGAGAACAGCAUCCCGUUGUCUCCGCAGUGGCUUUACACGAAAUCAAGCGAGAGCAAGAUGGAUGUUCGCUCUCCUACUCCAGUGCCCAUGGGAAAUCCAAGUGACCCAAAUCUGAAGGAUGCGUGGCGCUUGGAUGGACCGGAAGACAAGAAAGACCGGAGGAAGCUUGUUCCUGAGAAUGAAACAAGUCGCAGAUGGCGUGAAGAGGAACGGGAAACUGGUUUACUCAGUGCUAGGAAAGGGGAUCGAAGGAAAGCAGAACGUCGCAUUGACAAUGUCCCAAACAGAGAAACCGGUGACAGUAAAAAUAUUGCUUCUUCUGAUAGGUGGAAUGAUGUUAAUUCUCGUGCUGUUGUACAUGAAACUCGACGCGACAACAAAUGGACAUCUCGGUGGGGUCCUGACGACAAGGAGAAAGAAACCCGUUCUGAGAAGGUAGAUAACAACAAGGACAAGGAAGAGCCUCAGACUGAAAGUCAAUCUGUGGUUGGCAGCGUUCGUGCUACUUCUGAACGGGACUCUGACCCUCGUGACAAAUGGAGGCCACGUCAUAGGAUGGAAUCCCAGCAGUCUGGUGCACCGGCUUCUUAUCGCGCUGCACCUGGGUUUGGACUUGAUAGAGGACGAUCCGAGGGCCCAAAUUUAGGGUUCACAGUUGGCCGUGGAAGGGCAUCUUCUAUUGGGAGAGGUUCUUCAACUACCUCAAUCGGUGCUGGAAAUGAAAGUAUUCCUGGUAAACAAAGCCAUAUGUUGCGGUAUCAAAGGGGUAAGUUGCUUGACUUGUAUAGAACACAGAAGCCUGAUCCUUCCCUCGGUAGGAUACCAAUUGAGAUGGAGGAAGUUGCCUCCAUUACUCAAGUGGCUUUGGUCGAACCUCUUGCUUUUAUCGCACCUGAUGCUGCAGAGAAGGAAAGUCUUAACGGCAUAUGGAAGGGUAGGAUCACCAGUAGCGAAGUUCACACUUCAUCUGGGGAAGAAUCCUUAAGUGAAAAUAGUCUGGUGAAAUGCCACGCACCUGACUCGAGUGAGACAAAAGUGGAUGGUGCUUUGCUAGGGCUUGUGAAUGGUGACAAUGGUUCCAUGCAUAAUAGUGAUUCCGGAUUACCUGCUAGUCAUAAUAGAGGACUGAAUUCAGUGGCACCUGAAAGUUGUGGAUCUGUUGGAGCUAACUAUCAAGUUUCUCAUGGAAGUCCUGAAGCGGUUAGAUCUGCUUUUGAAAAACCCCCUGUUGCUUCUUUUGAGCUAGAUUACAUGGGAAAGCUGCAUCAACCAGAUAUCGAAGUAAAUCACUCAGAAGGGGUUAUGCCACCUGAGGAGUUUAUGUUCUUGUAUAUUGAUCCUCAAGGAGUGGUUCAGGGACCGUUCGUUGGUUCUGACAUUAUUUCAUGGUUUGAACAAGGGUUUUUUGGGACAGACCUACAGGUCCGCUUGGAAAAUGCUCCAGAAGGAACUCCUUUUCAAGCUCUAGGCAGUGUCAUGUCAUAUUUAAAGGCAGAGAGUGUCCAUGCACAUAUCAGUGAUCAAAAGAGUGAGCUAGUAGAGACGAGUUCAAAAGCAGUUUCAGAGGCUAGUUUAUCAAUUGCACCUGUGGCAGAAUCUAAUGGUUCUGUGUAUAAGCAGCCCUCAGCUCAUGAUAAUUUUCAGAGAAAGUCUGAGUCAGAGGUUUAUGUGAAACCACCACAUGCUGAGGACCAGAGUUUUUUGCACUUCUCUGCUCAGGACGAAGGAAGAGGAGUUUCUGGCCACUCUGCUAUUCCUGUUGAAUCGACUAAGGCUGCUACUCAAUAUCAGAAUGAGAAUAAGCUGCACCCAUUUGGUGUGUUGUGGUCUGAGCUAGAGAGCAGUAGUACAGCAGUUAACCUGUUACCAAACAGGUCUGAUGAUGCAGUGGGGGAGCCUGCUGGUUCAAUAGACAAUUGGCCCAUUGAUUCCCUAAAAAAUACACAAAUUGACUCCAACAUGUCCCUCGAUGCUCUAAGUGCUAACCGGAUGUCGCAGUUUGAACAUGUUUCCAACCGCUUUAACCUUGGGAAUCAACUUCCAUCAAAUCACCAACAACAAUUCCAAAAUCGGGAUAUGAUGUUGCAUUCAGUACAUGGCCAGAAGUAUUCGGAUCAAACUCAGGAUCUGGAGCAUUUAUUAACUCUCCAGUUGCAGCAGCAGCAGAAGAUCCAGUUGCAACAUCAGCAGAAGAUCCAGUUGCAACAGCAGCAAAAGAUUCAGUUGCAACAGCGGCAGAUGGAACAAGAGUAUCAAUUACAUCAGAAUCUCUUACAGGAACAACAACAGUCCCAAGCUCGACAAUUACAUUUUCAACAGAUUCGACAAGGACAGACUCCUGAUUCAAGGUUUGGGCAGUCACAUGACUUUCCUCGAUCCAACAGUGUUGAUCAGAUGUUGGUAGAGCAGCAGCUAAUGAAUGAAUUGCAGAAAAUUUCUGGCCAUCAGUCACAUGACAUCCGUCGAUCCAACAAUGUUGAUCAGUUAUCAGUAGAGCACCAACAGCUGAUGAAUGAAUUGCAGAGAGGUUCUGGCCAUCAGUUACGUGAUUUCCCCCGAUCCAAUAGUGUUGAUCAGAUGUUGUUAGAGCAGCAGCUAAUGAAUGAAUUGCAGAGAAGCUCUGGCCAUCAGUCACGAAAUUUCGCGCCACACAUUGAGCAACUUGCCGCAGGAAAUUUUGGGCAGUCACAUGGAGGCCAUCAGAGGGAGCUACUUGAACAGCUGCUUUCAACGCAAAUGCAAUCUCAAUAUGGACAAAUGCAAUCUCAUUACGGACAAAUGCAAUCCCAGCAUAGACAACUGCAAUCUGAACCAAGCCAUUCUUUGGAAUACCAGCUGCUGCAGCAAGAGCAGUUGAUGCAAUUGGCAAAUGGAGGGAGGCACAAUACACUAUUGGAGGAACAGAGACAUAUUGACCCUCUAUGGCCAUCUGACCAUAAUGAUCAGCUUUUAAGAAGUCAUCCUGGGAUCCACCGUUCGCGCUCUUCUGCAGGAUUCAGACCAUUAGACUUUCAUCAACAGCAGCAGAGGCCACCCUUCGAGGAUCAGCUUGGUCAACUUGAGCAGAACCUUUCAUAUCAGCAACAACUUCGGCAAGAAUUAUUCGAGCAGGGUCUUCCAUUUGAUCCAUCAGCAUCGCUACCUGUAAGUGCAUCGGGGCUGAAUCUAGAUAGACUAAAUAGUCUUGGACUCUCUCAGGGUCUGGAGUUGCGGGAUGCUACUGCUCACAUGCAAUCUUCUGGCAGAUUGGGAAAUUCUACUCCGGGUUUCACUCAUCAGAAUCACCGUUUACCAUUAGGUGAAUCACAUUUUUCACAAUUGGAACCAACGAAGGAGCGCUGGCCUGGAGCAGACACACAGGUAGCUGGUGACUGGGCCGAAUCUCAAUUUCAUAGAUCAAAUAUUGAUGCUGAGCAUCACAAAAUGAGGUCAGAAAUGAGGAGACUGGGUGAGGAUUCCAACUCGUGGAUGGUAGAUGGAUCAACAGACGACAAGUCAAAGCAGCUUUUUAUGGAGUUGAUCCACCAGAGACCCGGCCAACAAUCUGCUGAGCCACCAAGCAUGAACCGUGGGGAAGCUUAUGACAGGAGGGGUCCUUCAGGUCGCGGCAUUUCAGACCAUGGUGGUAGACUAAACGAUCCAUCUAUUUUUGGGUCGCAGGCAUUUUCUGAUGAACAGGUAAACAGAUUACCACCAGGAGAUGGGAACAAUAUGGGAUCAUUGCACCGUAAUAGUUCCUUGCGUUCUGGAAGUAUCGACGGUGGGCGGUCAAGUCAGAAUGAAAGUCAAGGCUUGAGUAAUAUGUUUGGUAUGAACAGAGACGCAAAUGAGAUGAAAAGUUGGAACAAUGUGGCCACCAAAAAAUGA